CACUGACUCGGUAGUACCACAGCAGCCAGCCAAACAGCAUCUUGAUCACAAACACACGCACAGACACACACGCACUCACCCCAAGAGCGAAAACAUAAGAAGAGUUUCGAGAUAGAAGCAAAGAAAUCCCUUGGCUUGUUCCUCUACUGUGCUUUUCAUUGCUUUGCCUCCCUGAUAUGACCCUGUUCAGUCCAAGAUACAUGAGCAUGAGUGGAGAGUUGAAGUCGAGUCGCUCCAGGGCAGCUAGUAAGAGGGCCAGCAACACCACUUAUGGUGCAGCACAACCAUGGCUGGACAUGUUUCCUAGAUCUUAUGGAUGUUCAGAUGACUAUGGAUUCAUGACAAACCAGUCAGAGUUUGAUCUGGACUACGACAGCUACCACGAGGACUACUACGACAGGGCGUGUGACUAUCAGCGUGUGCCAGCCUCCCUCUCUCCUGUCCCUUCAGGACCAAGUGUGGCCAAGAGAUCCCGCUCCUCCUCCUACUCCUACUCCACUGGGCACAGACGCAGUCGAGACAGAACCCACUCUAAGAGCUCAAGAGCCCAUUCCACAAGUUCAAACACAGCCAAGUUGGGGAUGGAAGAGCUGCAGGUGAUUAAAAAAGAGCUGACUCUGAUAAAGACACAGAUCGAUGGGCUUCUUGACAGCCUUGACAGGAUGGACACACAGAAGAACGACCACAAAGAGUCUCCGCUGAGAGAGGACAGUCCGCUCAGCUUGUCCUAUGUGGUGACGGCCAGCAGUCCGGAGCAUUCCCUGUCCUCCCUCUCCCCACCCAGUUCCCGCCAUCGGAUCCACAGGGAGAGUCCCGACAUGAAGAUGAGCAGCCACAGCUCCGACCCUGAGGAGGAAAUAUGAGGGACAAACAAAAAGAAAACGUAGAAGACGUGGAUUAGGUGCCAAACAUGGACGAAGAGAAACCUAAACCUUCAAGUUAACACCCACCAACAGAGGCUCGACGCGGCCUGGACAUAUCAGAUCAGACAACAUAUUCAUUAUUACCACAGCUGCUUGGAUUUAUUUGACCUAGAAACAAGGACGUGACAACAAAACAUGAAUAGAUUUAAGAUUAUUUCAGAUUACCUUGAAAGAAACAGAAUGAUGCACUGAUUCUAUAUACUGUAUAAUGUAAAUGUAAAUUAAAGCUGGAAGCUGAGUAAAGAUUAAAGCCUCACUACUUAAAAUGAAUCGGUUCCGCUGAGGGCAUGGAUCAAUAAGAACAGCAAUACUCCCCAUGAAUCACACUGAUGGAAAAUGAAUCAGUUCUGAUCACAAGCCUCCCUAUGUAUUUUACUUACGUUUGUCUUUUCUUUACAUAACACAACAAUUACCAGCAUUAAUCACUGCAUAGAUACAUUGCAGACUUUUUUCAAAAGUGAAACAACUGCAAAUCUAAAGGAAAAAAUAAAAUCAGACUGGAUGGAGAACAACUUCAUACAAUACAACACGUUAAUGGGCUUUGAUAUCAGCCAUUCCACUGUAACUCUGGCUGUAUGUUUAGGGUCACUUAUCUGCUGGAAGGCCUGUCUACCCCUAUAAGCAUUUCUUUUUUAUAGCUCUAUCAAUUUCUCUGCCAAAUCUGACUGAAGCAAAGGAAACCCAAAGCAUGAUGCUGCCCCCACCAUGUUUUACCCUGGGGAAGGUGUAUCCAUGUUGAUGUGCAGUGUUAGUGUCGUGCAUGUAGACCAAAAGCUCAUUUUUGGUUUCAACUUCUGAAGACAACAGGAAUUUAUUUAAGAGUAGCAGAGUGAAGGGGGCUUUUUUUCCACUCUUCCGAUUUUUACUGUUGAAAAUCUUUUGAAAACAUGCAUCUCAUUUUCUUUACAUUUCAUAACUUUCUACAUUGUGUUUUUCACAUGAACUCUCAAUAAAAUUCAGUGAAGUUGGCUGUUGAAACAUGACAAAAUGUGGAAAAGGUCAAAGGUUAUGAAUACUUUUGUAAGGAACUGUACUUUCUCUGCAACAGGUGUGCUGGUGAAAUAUUACAGGUCUCCUCUGCUACAUAUUUGGCACUUUGAAAUGUGUAAAGGCCCCAAUCAGUGUGUAAUAUUGUGUAUUAUUGUAUACCUUACUGUAAUUGCUUAGCUCUUGGAACUAAAUAUUAAGUUAGGAAUUCUUGUGUGGUACUUUUUUAAGGAAAAUAAUGAUGUUAUAAAUAAUUAUCCAAUUCCUAUGUUGUUACAUGUUUUGGUUUGCACUAUCAAGAUAAAAUACUUGUUGUCACUGUAGUGAAAGUAUUUUCAUAUUGAGUAUGUAUGCAGCACAUUGUGGUAUGUUUUUAUCUUGAAAGACCAUUGCAGAAAUGGAAGAAGAAUAAAAGACAAGGGUUGAAGAAGUGA